AUGGAUGGGAUCAUCAAACACUUUAAAAACAACAAAUCUCCAGGUCCAGAUGGAUAUAACAUGGAGUUCUACAAAGUGGCUUGGGAAGUUAUCAAAAAAGACUUUAUGGCAGUAAUUAAAGAAUUUGAGGAACAAAAGAAAACGGAUUGGAGAAUAAACUGCUCUUUUAUAAGUCUCAUUCCAAAAAUUGAGCAGUUGGCACACUAUCUCAAAUGUGCUAAAGAGCUCAGGAUUUGGAGAAAAAUGGAUCAUCUAGAUAGAAUGUCUGUAACAUCUGCUCAACAUUCUCUACCGAUAAAUGGAAGCUCAAAAGAAAAAUUCAAACCUCAAAAAGGUUUGAGACAGUGUAAUCCACUAUCACCUUUCCUUUUCAUUGUUGUAGAAAUAUUCUCAAAGCUAAUGAAGAAUGCUGUGCAACUAAAUAUGAUUUCAGGAUUCUCUAUCAACUCAAUUCAGGUUUCUCAUUUACAGUAUGCAUAUGACACAUUGGUUUUUCUUGAUGCAAAAGAAAAAGAAGCAGAGAAUCUGGUGAUAAUUCUACAUAUUUUUGAAGCUAGAACAGGUUUAUGUGUUAACUUCCUAAAAAGUGCAAUUUUAAGCAUAGGUGCAGAUCAUAUCAUUGAAGAAAUGGCAGUACUUUUGAAAUGUAAAAUUGAGAAGUUGCUUCUCAAAUAUCUUGGAAUUCCAGUGGGUGCAACUUCAAGAGAAAGCAGUAUUUGGGACUCAGUGAUAGAGAAAUUUCAAAAGAAAUUAGCUCUAUGGAAGAGGAAGUUCUUCACAAAGUCGGGGAGAGUCACACUAAUCAGGACUUCAUUAUCCAGUCUACCAAUAUACUUCAUGUCAAUCUUUCACAUGCCAACAAGUGUGGAACAAAAAACUAAAUCAAAUAAUGAGAAAUUUUAUGUGGGGGUCUACUGCAGACAAAAACAAGAUUAA